CCUAAAGUAGGGUUUGUAUUUCCCCUGCCCCCACCAGCCUUACACUCUCUCUUCUCUUCUCUUCUCUUCUCCGCAGAAGAGAGGGAAAAUCAACGAAACCUGCCCUUCUCCACCAAUCCCUUCUUCUCUUCUUUCUAUUAAAUCAAUCCUUUUCUCUCUCUAAAAACAUAUAAGUUUAUUUUUUUUUCCUUAAAUAUCUAUUCUAUAUAUAUUUGUAUACGCAUAGAAGGAGUCUUAUCUUCAUUCUGCGGUGUUAUCGUAGCUGAAUCUAGGCUUUCUUCUGCUUCUUCUUUUGUGUUUGAUUGGACGGUGGAGAUUUUAUCUGGGAGUGAAAGAUCGAGGUAUGCAGCAAGGUGAUCAGACGGCGUUGAGCUUGAGGCCUGGUGGUGGUCGAGGGAGCAGACUCUUCAAUCCACGCGUGGAGUCCUCCUCUUCUAAUUCCUCAUCUUCUUCUGGUUUUUCUUCUUCUAUCGCUUUUGGUGAUCUCCCUCUCUUUCGUCCUCAUGGUGGUGCUCCUCUAAAGACUGGAGACUCACGAUUUGAGGUUCAUGAUCGAGUGCAGUACACAAGAGACCAGCUGCUGCAACUUAGAGAGGCUAUUGUGAUCUAUGAUGAGAUUUUAAAAAUCAAACGAGAAAUUGAAGCUGAGCUUUUUGGUGAGGAUCAAAGCUGGAGUCGUGGAGAAAUCAAUCCACCAAAUCAGUCUCAGAGUCGUUAUUCAGAGACAGACAAUCGUGACUGGCGUGGUCGUUCUGCACAAUUUUCUACAUCUGCAGAGGAGAGGUCCUGGGAUUCCCUUCGAGAAAACAAAGACUUUGCUGGGCAAUAUGACUCCAGGCAGCCAGAUGCAAGUCAAUUUAAGCGUCAGGACCAACUCAAUUCCCAAUUUGCAAGAGCACAAAUCUCUUCCAAUCAAUUGGGGGGUCCUGCUCCAGCUUUGGUCAAGGCUGAGGUGCCAUGGUCAGCUAGAAGGGGGAAUCUUUCUGAGAAGGAACGUGUCUUGAAGACUGUAAAAGGUAUAUUGAACAAGCUUACCCCUGAGAAGUUUGAUCUUCUCAAGGGUCAACUCAUUGAUUCUGGCAUUACAUCUGCUGAUAUCUUAAAGGGUGUGAUACAGCUUAUUUUUGAGAAGUCUGUUCUGGAGCCCACAUUUUGUCCCAUGUAUGCUCAGCUGUGCUCUGAUCUAAAUGAAAAGCUUCCCCCAUUCCCAUCUGAUGAGCCAGGUGGCAAGGAAAUCACAUUCAAGCGAGUUCUCCUGAAUAUCUGCCAGGAGGCAUUUGAGGGUGCUGAUAAACAGUGGGAGGAAGUUUGGCAGAUGACAGCUCCAGAGCAAGAGCUUGAACGCAGGGACAAGGAAAGAUUGGUCAAGCUUCGUACCCUUGGAAACAUCCGUUUGAUUGGAGAACUUUUGAAGCAGAAGAUGGUUCCUGGGAAGAUUGUUCAUCACAUUGUUAAGGAGCUUUUGGGACCUGAUACCAAAAUUUGUCCUGCUGAAGAAAAUGUUGAGGCCAUAUGUCAGAUCUUUAACACCAUUGGGAAGCAGCUUGAUGACAACACAAAGUCGCAGCGUAUAAAUGAUACAUACUUCCUUCGAUUGAAGGAAUUGUCAGCAAACCCUCAGCUGGCUCCACGACUGAGGUUCAUGAUACGUGAUGUUCUUGAACUGCGGGGAAAUAACUGGAUUCCUAGACGUGAAGAGGUCAAAGCCAAAACCAUCACUGAGAUACAUUCUGAGGCCGAGAAAAAUCUUGGAUUGCGUCCAGGUGCUACUUCAAUCAUUAGAAAUAAUCGUGGUGUUAUUUCGGCUGCUCCAGGUGCUGCUGGUCCUGGGGGCUUUUCCAUUAACCGACCUGGAGCAGGGGGUAUGAUGCCUGGUAUGCCAGGAACUAGGAGGAUGCCUGGGAUGCCUGGAAUUGAUAAUGAUAAUUGGGAGGUACCCAGGACCCGCUCGAUGCAGCCUUCAGGACGUGUGCCAUCACUAAUGUACAAUAUGUCAACAUCUCUUAACACGAGGCUGUUACCUCAGGGUAGUGGUGGCUUUAUAGGUGGAAAGAGUAGUGCCCUCUUGCAAGGAAGUACUGGCCCUUCUCCUCGCCCCUACAGUUUUGGUUUGAGUAAUGAGCUUCCUUCUCAAGUCUCUGUACCUAGUAAACCUUCACCUGCUCCCUAUGUGCCUCCCAUUGUUGAGAAACCGUCGGCUUCAGCUGCAAGAUUAAAUCCUGAGGAACUUAGGAAGAAAACAGAGUUACUUUUGAAGGAAUAUUUCAAUGCACAGCUUCUGGAUGAGGCUUUGCAGUGUGUGGAGGAACUGAAGUCUCCAGCCUACCAUUGUGAAGUUGUCAAGGAAGCCAUUUCCCUUGCCUUGGAGGAAAAUCCACCUUGUGUUGAACUAGUCGCAAAGCUUUUGGAAUAUUUGUUGACCAAGAAGGUUCUCACAGCUAGAGACAUAGGGACUGGGUGUUUGCUCUAUGGUUCUUUGUUGGAUGAUAUUGGUAUUGAUUUGCCAAAAGCACCUAACAAUUUCGGUGAAGUUAUUGGGAAACUAGUUUUGGCUGGGGGAUUGGACUUCAAAGUGGUGACAGAGGUCCUUAAGAAGAUGGAAGAUGAUAGGUAUCAGAAAGCUGUAUUUGAUGCAGCAAUGAGGACUGUUAGUUAUAGUCCAAAUGCGCAAGUUCUAUUAGAUUCACAGGCAUCUGAUAUUGAGGCCUGCAAGAGUUUGCUUUCAUAAGCAUAGCAUCUAUUGGGUGAUAUUUGAUCAUCUGUAUCCACUUGAACUUUCGAGCUUUCUUUCACAUCAUAAUGCCCUGUCCAAAGCCUUUUGAUGCUAGCAACUUGCACCAUGUGAUAAGAUAGAGCUGCCAAGAACAGGUCUUUUUUUUUUUUUUGUCAUAUAUUUUCCCCCAAGUUCAUAGCUGUGUGUUAUUGAGCAAAGAAAUUAAACCCAUAAUGCCAUGGAUUUUGUUCUCGAGCGUGGCUAAUUAUGUGCCUAAUUGCUUGAGAAGAGCGGCCCUUUUAAGGGAUCCAGUUGUUUUGUAUUGUUUAGCUUUGAUCAUCUGCAGUUUGUUCACUCAGUAAUUUAGUUUAUUGUUUAAA